AUGACAUCGAAGGUGUCCUGGAAGUCCAGAGGUCAAAGGUCAGCCAGCUGCAGUAGAGGAGUUAGCAUGCUGCUACUGCUGUUGUGGAUCUUCAUGGAAGUCCCCCCCUCCCUGCUGCAGCCUCCCCUCUCUCUCUCCCUGCCCAUCCACAUGUCGAUUGUCCCUCCUCUCUGGCGCUUCUUACCUCUCUCACAGGUGGAGCUGGGUCUUCUUUUCUCAAACUCCAGCCCCUUCUCCUCCUCUCAGAGCCUCUUCAUGCUGCCUCCACCGGGACAGGCCCCUAGACCGGGGCUCCAGGCUUCGUUUGGCCCCUACUCUGUCACACAGCUCAUAUCGGAGCCCGUCUUCUCCUCCAGCCUGUCCGCCUCCCUUCUUUCUGAGCAUGUGCAGAGGGAGAGGACAAUGGGGGGGCAGGAGGUGUUCAGGGUGAGGGUGCUGUUCCACAAAAGAGGCGACAGCAGUAGCCGGGAAAGCUGCAUCACACUGCACGCCUUCAAGGAGACGGAGGAGCAUAAAGCCUCCUGCAUGACCAAGCAUCCUCUGGGGCUGUGUGUGGUCACUCUGACUCUACCCAGCAGCUGGUUUAAAGAUAAAUACAUCAAACAUUCACAGGAUAAUUUUGUGAGGUGGAACAACAAUAUCCAUCCUCGUCACCGAGCACAUACCAGAGAACACCGCCGGCAUGGGCAUCACCACGGCAACCAAACAGACCAGAUCCAGCUUUUCUACUCAUCUGUGGACACGGGGGCGGACUUUGAGCUGACAGCAGCAGGGUGUGUGGAGGAGCGAGCCGCUCAGUCUCAGAGGAAACUGGUCCACAUCCGAGCGGUGACACUGGAGGAGGACAGAAAGAGGAGCAGGAACAAAGAAGAAGAGAUCUGUCUGAAUGGGCAGGAGGACGAGGAGCUUCAUCUGGACUCACACGUCCUGAUUCGCUACCACAGAGGCCCUGUGCUGAUCGGACAGCCAAUCAGAGUGUCCGUGAGCCUGAGGGGAAACUUCAGCGCUGAGUUUGUGGUCAUAAGGCUGAAGGUGAAGAAGGGUCUGGUCUCCAUGGUGGCUCAGAGGACAGUUCCUGCUGACCUGUGGACAGUGACUCUGGAGAGGACCCAGGGGGCCACACACGAUGUGGUGUCCAUCCUCUGCCACAAACACAACAACGAGAAGCACAUGCACACUCCCUCUGUCCUCCAGCAGGUGGUUUGUUUGUCUCUUGAUGGCCUCAGGCACAGCUUCGGCGUCGCCAUGUCGGUGUCUGCUAACUGGUAUGUGGAGUACUCAGGCCGUAAUAACCUUGUAUCAUCACACGGGGCAGCAGUGAGUGUCUUCUCCUUCACAGACCGCCACAUCUAUGGCAUCGCUCCCAUCACUGAGAGCAACACCAUCAUCAACACCGCCAUCCUCAACAACCAACCUGUGUCACUUCCUGUCAUUGUACUCGCUGUUGGUCACGAUGGGAAAGUGUCGGACGUCACGUCUGCAGUCGCCUGCCACUCCACCAAUGAGAACACCAUCAAGGUGUCCAGUGAUUGCUCCACCCUCUUUGUUGAUGGCAGUGAAUCCGGGCUGGGUAACACCUGUGCAGUGGUGGAGUUCAGACUGGGCAUGCUCAGUGGCUCUGUUUGUCUGGAGGUAUGGGCUCCAUCAGUGCCCCUGAGAGUGUCCCUGGCAGACCCCAUUCUAAAUGCCAUCGAGGGUUGGAACCACUUCACAGAGAACGGGUGUGUGCCCGUCUACCAGCGCUCCUCCAUCCAGGUGCUGACUCAGUUCACAGCUCAGGACUCAGUCGGCGGGAACACAAACCUCCUGGGCUCAUCUGAUUGGUUUGUGGAUGUCACAGAGCUGGUCCAUGAUUGGCUGAGAGUUGAAGAUCCCAGUGUGGUCACCCUCGGUUCUCAGAACAAGCUGAUUGGUUUACAACCUGGGAAGACAUCGAUCUAUGUUGUCUCUGAGCAGUGGGACGGCGUGCUCGGCAGGUGUGAUGUCACUGUGACCUCUGAACCUGUUACCCCUGGUGAUCUGUCUGUACAGGUGGUCAGUGGCCUCGGCAUGACGGUCACAUCCAGUCCCACCCACCCUUUCAUCGUCACGACAACAGUGACAGCGUACAACAUCCUGUACAACCAUCACCAGGAGGCGUCCAUCAGCGUCUGGCUGCAGUUCAGUGAUGACUCCGCCUCCCUCCUCUCCUCAUUCAGUGACCUCCCCCUCUCCCUCCUCAUCUCCUCAUUGGCUGAGUCUGUGGUCGUCGUGACGCCUGGUCCCAGUCAGCAUAUCUACGCCCAGGGCGAUGGGGGCGGGCCUUUACUGCGAGCAGAGCUCCUGGUUUCUACCUGCGGCAGCGACCAGCCAAUCAACUCCAACUCCAUCAGUGAAGCCGAUUGGACGGACAGCAGGGCCCGCCGGCUGGCACGAGGGUCUGGCUGGAUUCGGGUCAACCUGGACCUUGGCUUCCUCCAGCCAGAGGACAAAGACGAGACCGAGGAGGAGUUGGACUUUGAUAUCUCUGACACGCUAGUGGAGUCGGACAUCGACAUCUACGCGGCGAACUCCGAGGAGGACGACGGCGGGAACGUCAGCAGUGACUACGACAGGACGGGCGGGAAAGUGGCAGACAGGAACUGGAACAAAGUGGGGAAUGGAGGGAUGAUCAGCAGGAACAAUCUAGAACGAGCCGUGCUGAUGCCCAGCCAAGAGGAGGGCGUCGUCUACUUCUCCCCCAGCCAGGAGAGAGGAGUGGGGAGGGGGGAGGAGCAGGGGGCCCGAGAGAUGGAAGUGGGCGUGGGCGCCGUCCUCUCUCUGAUGUGUCUCUCUGCCAUCCUUUUCCUCGUCAACUGUCUGCCCUGCGCACUGAGAGAGCGCCGCAGGACAAAGAUGGAGGAGGAGACGGGAGGAGGGGGAGACGGGGGAGACAAGGGAGGAGGGGAGGUGGAGAGGAGGGGAGUAGGAGAAAAGGAGACAAAGGAAGGAGAGCAGGAGAAAGGGGAGGAGAAGGAGCAGCAGCAGGCUGAGGUGACGGAGGUGGAGAUCAUCUGUUGA